AUGGACCAAAAGGGUUGUGAUGGUUCAAUUCUACUGGACCCUUCACCCACCAUUGACAGCGAAAAGAAUUCAAGAGCUAAUUUCCAAUCAGCUAGAGGGUUUGAAGUGGUGGAUGAGAUAAAGGGGGCAGUGGAUGAAGCAUGUGGAAAACCAGUUGUUUCUUGCGCUGAUAUAUUGGCUGUAGCAGCUCGUGACUCUGUCGUUGCGCAACAUUUGCAGCCCCUUCGACCACAGCAUCCGCAAUAUCCUCCGCCAUGUCCCCUACUGCCUCCACCGUUCCCUCCGCCGUGUCCCCAACUUCCACCACCACCUCCACGUCUUCCCCAGGCAUCUAAUCCUGGCUCAGUCUCUGUCACUGUCUCUGAUUCUUCUGCUGCACAUACAUAG